CUCUGGCUCUGAAGGCAAAAGUAGACAUCUGUGUGCAGACCUUGGCCCAGGGGUCCCAGCACAGACAUGCUCCUGUCUGUUCCCAGUUCCACUGUGCGUCCCAGUUGGCUGACUGGUGUCUUCACCACAUCUGCACCAACUACAACAAUGUGUGUCGCAAGUUCCCCCGAGACAUGAAGGCCAUGUCCCCAGAAAACCAGCAGUAUUUCGAGGAACACCGGUGGCCACCCGUCUGGUACCUGAAGGAGGAAGACCACUACCAGCGGGCCCAGAAGGAGCGCGAGAAGGAGGACUAUCUGCACCUGAAGCGGCAGCCCAAGCGGCGCUGGCUGUUCUGGAAUAGUCCGUCCUCGGCGUCCUCUUCGGCCGCCUCCUCGGCGUCCCCAUCCUCCUCCUCGGCUGUGGUCUGA